GAGGAAGCAAAGCAGCCGCAGAUGGGAACAGCAGCGAGGCUGUGGUGUUUCUCCUCGUGGGGUUCGCAGACUCCUGGACGGUUCAGACCACACAUGCGGUCCUGUUCUUACUGGUUUACCUGGCGGCUCUCACGGGGAACCUCCUGAUCAUCACGGUCACCACCGUGGACGUCCGCCUGCAGACCCCAAUGUACUUCUUCUUAAGACACCUGUCUUUCUUGGAUUUCUGCUUUAUCUCCGUCACAGUCCCCAAGUCUGUUGUCAGUUCGUUCACCCAGGACACCUCCAUCUCCUUCUGGGGGUGUGCCCUGCAGGCCUUCUUUUUCAUGAACUUGGCAUCCACUGAGCCGGCCCUCCUAACGGUGAUGUCGUAUGACCGCUGUGUGGCCAUCUGCUGGCCCUUGCACUAUGAGGCCAUCAUGAGCCAGCGUGCCUGUGUCAGGAUGAUGGCCCUGUGCUGGCUGAGUGGCGGCGUCUCUGGGCUCAUGCACAUGGCGGCCACUUUCUCCUUGCCGUUCUGUGGGUCCAGCCAAGUCCAUCACUUCUUCUGUGACAUUCCCCAGCUGCUCAGCCUCCUGGACUCCACAGUGAUCCUCCCUGAGGUCCGAGUCAUGGUCUUCGUUACCAGCCUUGUGAUUUUGUGCUUCGGUCUCAUUACGCUCUCCUACGGGUACAUCUUUUCUACCGUCAUGAGGAUCCCGUCCAAGGAGGGCAGGUGGAAAACGUUUUCCACCUGUGUCCCUCACCUCGUGGUUGUGACCCUCUUCCUGGUGUCCGGCAGCAUCGCCUACGUGAAGCCGGUUUCCAGCUCACCCUCCAUCUCUGACCUUCUGCUGCCUGUGUUCUACACGGUGGUGCCCCCCACCCUGAACCCCAUCAUCUACAGUCUGAGGAACAAGGAAUUGAAGGCAGCCCUGAGAAGGCUGAGAAGGCAGUGUGGCGUGGGGGCUCCACCAGGGCCUGCCCUGCGCGCCUGA